CAGGGCGACUUCCUCCACCAUCUCUCCUGUUUUGGUUUCCUGCUGUGUGUGAAGGUGAUUUUAUUAAAACAUGGAGACAUAAUGUAGCAGCAGCGGCAGCGGAGGAGGAUUCGGGGAGUCUCAUGUCCGCCAGCAUGGAGGGAGAGAGCCGGCCCGUCGUUAGUGUUGUCCCUGACGACGCGGGCAAAGACAAGUUCAAGAAGCAUGACCAGGUGGCUUUCUACAGGCGUCAGAUGCAGGGUCCUGAUUUGCGAUACCGAGCCCUGUUGGACACCCUGGUGCUCACGGAGAGGCGGGCGCUGUUUGAGUUGUUGGAGCCUGACACACAGAGGAGACUGCUGCUCUCUGUGGCGCCCUGCAGGAGCGGGACUGUGAGGAUAUUAAUAGAUGAACUCCAGCCCUUUAAGGCACGUUACCGAGUUCCAGAUGUGAUAACCGGAGAACCACAGUGUGAACAGUUGAGAGUGGAGAGACAGACUAAGGACUCUGUCACCCUCACUUGGUCCUCAGGGCGUCACCGGGUGUGCGUGUGGCAUCUUCCUUUCCGACUGGAGAUCCUGAGCGGAGACGAAGUGGUCGUCACUUUCAACUCCAAAGGCAAGCUGUGGUUUGAGGCGCUGCAGGAUCCGUCCAGAGCUGCAUCCAAUGGCAGUAAGCCUCAAGACGAUGACGCAGGUUUAUGGAAAGAGACCUUCCAACAGUUUGUGGAUAUCAAAGCUAAUGGUCCCACCAGCAUUGGGGCAGACCUCCGUCUCCAUGGGUUCAGCCAUGUUUAUGGUCUGCCGGAGCACGCUGACAGCCUGCAGCUCAGGGACACCAGCGAAGGAGCGCCGUAUCGGCUGUACAACCUGGAUGUGUUUGCCUACGCCUUGUACAGCCGCCUCGGCCUGUAUGGGUCAGUGCCGCUGUUGGUGGCCCACAAGCCCGACAGGACUGUGGGUGUGUUCUGGCUGAACGCUUCAGAGACCUUUGUGAACGUUCACUACAGCAGCAGUGACCCGCAGGCUGACCAAACCCCCCCAGUGAAGAGGAGGCGGGUCCAGCUUCACACAGACGUCCACUGGCUGUCAGAGAGUGGUGUGAUCGACUGUAUGAUUCUGCUUGGACCUGACCCACAGCAGCUCUUCACCCAGUAUGCUCAGCUAACAGGAUAUCAGGCGCUGCCGCCUCUCUUCUCCCUCGGGUACCACCAGUGCCGCUGGAACUACAACGACGAGGCUGAUGUGAGGGCUGUGGACGCCGGCUUCGACCGUCACAACAUCCCCUACGACGUCAUCUGGCUGGACAUCGAACACACAGAUGGGAAGCGUUACUUCACCUGGGACCCUGCGCUCUUUCCAGACCCUGUUGGCCUGCAGCGCCACCUAGAGCAAAAGAAAAGAAAGCUGGUGGUUAUCAGCGAUCCCCACAUCAAGGUUGAUCCUGAUUGGUCGCUCUACUGUGAGGCGAGGGAUGGAGGGCAUUUUGUCAAGGACAGAGACGGACAGAUCUAUCAGGGCUCAUGUUGGCCUGGCGAGUCCUGUUACCUUGAUUACAGCAGCCCAGCCACUCGAGCGUGGUACUCCAGGCACUUCGCACUGAAUAAGUACAAGGGCUCAACUCCGUCCUUAUUUGUGUGGAAUGAUAUGAACGAGCCGUCUGUGUUUGGCGGGCCAGAGCAGACCAUGCCAAAGGACGCAGUGCAUUAUGGGGGCUGGGAGCACCGCGAAUUGCACAACCUGUAUGGCUUUUACCAGCACAUGGCCACAGUGGAGGGACUGAUAACCCGCUCAGGCGGCUCAGAGAGACCUUUUGUCCUGUCGCGCUCCUUCUUCGCCGGGUCACAGAGAUUUGGAGCGGUAUGGACGGGUGACAACGUCGCCACCUGGGAGUACUUGAAGAUCUCCAUCCCGAUGGUUUUGUCUCUGAGCGUGGCUGGCAUAGCGUUUUGUGGAGCGGAUGUCGGCGGGUUUGUUCAGGAUCCAGAGCCGGAGUUGUUGGUGCGCUGGUACCAGGCCGGCUCCCUGCAGCCGUUUUUCCGAGGCCACUCCGCCAUCGAGACGAAGCGCCGGGAGCCCUGGUUGUUCGGGGACGAGGUCACCGCUGCGAUCCGCGCUGUAAUCCAACAGAGGUACUGCUUGCUGCCUUACUGGUACACUCUGUUUCACCAGGCUCACACCUCUGGUCUGCCUCCUCUCAGACCCCUGUGGGUGGAGUUCCCCAGAGAACAGAGCACCUUUACUGUGGACAACCAGUAUAUGAUUGGAGGGGCGUUGCUGGCCUGUCCUGUAACUGAGCCGGGAGCUCAGGAAGUCACAGUUGUACUUCCUGGAACAAGUGAGAUUUGGUAUGACGUCCACUCUGCAGAGACGUACAAAGGAGGCAAGACUCUGACUCUUCCAGUCACCUUGGACACAGUUCCUGUCUUCCAGCGGGGGGGCUCGGUGGUCCCCAGGGCAACAGGAAGUGCCUCCUGCACAGCCGAACUCCAGCAGCUCCCUCUCUCAAUCACUGUGGCACUAAACUCUGAUGGCGGUGCUGCUGGUGAGCUGUACCUGGACGACGGCCACUCCUUCAGCUACCGAGACAGAAAGGCCUUCUGUCUGCGCAGGUUCAGCAUGCUGUCAGGCCGUCUGCUCAGCCGUAACGCCAGCGAGGAGGGGGACUUUGAAUGUGACGGCGUCAUACAGUCAGUCACCAUCCUGGGUGUGAAGAGCAAACCGUCCACUGUGACUGUGCGUGUUUCAGGUACUAAGGACGCCUCUCCUGCCUUUCAGUACACGGAGGCUCAUCACAUGUUGACAGUGAUAAACCUGAACCUCAGAGUGACGAUGGACUGGGAGAUUGAGAUAUGUUAGGAGUAAUUAUGUCACUCACUGGAUUGAUUUUAAUUGACAGCUACAAUAGGCAGGCGUGUGUGUGUGUGUGUGUGUGUGUGUGUGUGUGUGUGUGUGUGUGUGUGUGUGUGUGUGUGUGUGAACUUUGGCUUGGCUGACGUAGGAGCAGAUACAGCACACACAGCUACACAUGGAAUGAAGAAACAAAUGCUAUACAAUGCAAAAGGGCAAUGCUUGAGCAGACUACAUGUACCACUCCACAUACAUGUAUUAUUUUAUGCUUGAUAUUUUACUUCUAAUGCACUUCAGAGUCGCUGUUUGAGCCUUUGAAGGAGAAACCAAAGAUUAACGUCCCUCCAUUAACCAUUGCUUUAUUAAUGACUGGAUGGUUUUAUUAAGGUGCAUUGAAAUCUGUGUUAACUGACUGCUAUUGAAAUUGAUUACUGGAAGUACUGACAGAGCAAAAGAAGCAGAUUUUAUUUGUGGAAGAUUUAACUGUUUUUGUUGUAGUGAAAGUGCAAAAUGAUCAAGAAAAAAUUUUUACUCACGGGUAUUACAGCCAAAUAUCAGCAUUGAGUGUUUGUGCAGCUAAUAUCAAGUCUCUGUGUAAUGAAGGUGUGGGUGUUUGUAAUGUUUGUGUUGGAUGAAUAAAGGGGGCAGUGAUGUGCAGCUUUCAAGGCAGCUCACUGUGCCACAUGCUUUCUG